AACCGCAUCACGUGGCCGCAACCCCCAGCUCCGUGAUUUGCAAUCCCGCGAACUCGCAGGAUUUCCGGGAUCCCGAACCUCUUCUCUUUCGACGGUCAACCCCACAGUCCAAAGCCUUGUCUCUCGCAAGCUCGCAGUCGCCUUCAAGCCGCCCGGGUCCGGAAAUAUAGUGUUUCUAUGACGAGAAGCACUUCGUUGGACCGCUCAAGCGUUGCGCUGCGUCCGCCCUGCGACACGGGCCGAGUCAUGUUGUCGUCCAAAUGAGGAUUGGCAUCCGCGAACAGCUUGCUGCCGUCGUCCUGCUCGCCGUUCUCAUCAGCCUCAGCAUUGUGUCGAUCCCGACCUGGCUCUUUGUGAACAACUUUGUGGGCGAUGUCAAGACCCAGGCUCUGGCCCUCACGGCCUCGCUCAAGGCUGCCCAGAUCGCCUCCGUCCUGGACCAGCUGCUUGUAAUCAGCAACAGCAUAACUACACGUGGUCUCAUUCAGGACUCUCUGCGUCGCUACUACACCGGGAAUGCGAACCAGUCCGAUUGGGAUGCCGCCGCUGGGACUCUGGUAUCUGCGCUACAAUCCAGCUCCUUUGUCGACCUGCUUCAAGCAAGGGUCUACACGCGUAACACCACAGUUGACCCUUUUGGUGAUCCCAUCGCUGUUCUCAACGUGACGGCGAGCGUAGAGGAUGAAAUUGAGCUGCCCUUCGCACAUCCUAAUGGCUCGAGUGUCCAUCUUGGUGACCCGGACCAGGGCUUCCCCCCCCAGCUCUACCCAAAUCUCACCCAUGGCCCCGAUUCCGCCAACGUGGAAGCAUUUCCCACUGUGUCGGUAACCACAAAGAACAUGCUCCUCUUGGGACCGCUGAUUAUCAACGAGACGUACGCCCUCGUGUCUAUAACUCAGCCCAUGUUCAACAGCUUCAACAAGAAAGAGGUCAUUGGCUACAUCACCAUCGUUGCUGCUGCGAAGGAGCUCUUCAAGAUCGAGACCUCGCCCGAGGGAUUGGACAACACAGGCCUCACCUUGCUGUUAGGGCCCGAUACAACAUGGAAUCGGUUCAACAACUCUUAUCCGACGGCGAACAGGACCACAGCCGGCGACCCUGAAAUCCUUGCGGAUGCACCCGUCAAGUUCGUCAUUCCAGUGGUGCCACGAGAGGGCCAGCCCGAGCGACAUUCUGCUCCCGAGCCAGGAAUGGCCCUCACCUUUUCUCUUUCCCGCUUCCCGGCGGCUCUCAAUGCCUACGCUGAUCAAAUCAAGGCGGUGAACAAUGCCACCGGUCUUCUCGAGACCGUGAACGAGAAUGGCGUGGCCGUCGCCGUCGGGGCGGCCAGGCCACCCACAUCUCUCGUUGACUGGGUGGUGAUUGUGGAGCAGACUCGGGGAGAGGCGCUAGCUCCAGUACGACUCCUCAGGAAUAUUCUGCUCAUCUGUGUCUUCACGACGGUUGGCCUGGCCCUCCUCAUCGCCCUGCCAUUCGCGCAUCUAAGCGUGUUGCCCAUCAGGAGGCUGAAGGUGGCCACGCAACAAUUCGCCGCAUCGCCUGGCUAUGACCACGAGUCCCAGCAUGGGGGUGACGCCAGAUCUGGGCACAGCUCGAAGCCGCCCUCGAAUCAAAAAGGUAUGGCACACUGGGCGAGGAAGAUUCUGGGUGGGUACGAGAAACCGACACUCGCCAGCAUCGAUGGAGGUCCUGGAAGGGUGGUUAAGAUCCCGGGGAAAAUCCAAGUGAGGAAUCACCUCGUCGUUGACGAGCUAACCGAUCUUACGGGAACCUUCAACGAGAUGUCCGACGAACUCAUGCGCCAGUACACACAACUUGAGGACAAGGUGGCAGAGCGGACGAAGGAACUGGAGCUGAGCAAGAAGGCUGCCGAGACUGCGAACCAGGCCAAGACGGUAUUCAUCGCCAAUGUUUCGCACGAGCUGAAAACGCCCUUGAACGGGAUCCUGGGCAUGUGCUCCGUUUGCAUGGUAGAAAAUGACUUGGGACGCAUAAAACGGUCUUUGAAGACAGUCUACGAAUCAGGAACUCUACUUCUACGAUUGUUGGAGGACCUUCUCGAUUUUGCCAGGCACGAAGCAGGGCAGCCAACGCGACUUGAAGAGAAGCUAUUUUCCCUGGGCGACUUCGGAAAGCAGAUUUCGGCCUUCUUCGCCAAGGAUUCACGGGAACGCAACAUCGAUUUCUCCAUCUCGUACAUUGACGCCGAGACUUUCGGCCAAGAGUUGCGAAUAGACAGGUCUGCGUCGCUCCGGAGUGUCCCCCCCGCCCGGCGUUAUGAUGUGGCACAUACCAGGGACAUGCACGUCUGGGGCGACCAGCACCGGAUCCUGCAGAUCGUCAUUAACCUCAUUAGUAACAGCUUGAAAUUCACCCCCGCCCAUGGCCGCGUCGAAUUGCGGAUCAGCUGUCUUGGCGAGAUAGCUGGUGUACCCGAUGUUGAACGGCCGGGGGGCGUCAGCCAGCCCAAUGGUGAUGCUGGGCUCAAAUCCGAAUCGAGUUCUGUCGUCGAGGCUACAAAUCCCUCGAGACCUGGCUCCCCUCUUCGAAAUGGUGUGGGACUAGAUGCGAGGCAAGACGCGUCAGAAAGCGCCUCCUCACAGUCGCAGGGCCAGGCCGGGCGGGCACCUCACCCGCCCCUCUCCUCCAGACCCUACCUCUUCGAGUUCGAAGUCGAGGAUACCGGCCACGGAAUCCCCGAGGAGAUCCAGCAACGCGUGUUCGAGCCGUUCAUCCAAGGGGAGAUCGGCCUCGCGCGCAAAUAUGGCGGCACAGGGCUGGGAUUGGCGAUUUGUCGCCAGCUGGCCACCCUGAUGGGAGGAUCCAUCAGCUUGACGAGCACACCUGAUAUUGGAUCCACAUUUACCAUGCGCGCCCCCCUCAGGGUAUCGCUUGUUCCACCCUCCAACGAGGCCUCGCGAAGGGCCAGUUUCGACUCGCUCCAGCAACUCAAGCCAGAGGAUGGCGAGUUGGCCUUGGCCGCACUAGAGGCUAGACACGCACGCUCGCUAGACCUUCCGAGGCCUGGCAGCCCACUGAAUCCUUCUGCGCAACAGGGAAAAGCUGGCCCGAUGGCGAAAUCCUCUGGUAUCGCGAAUGGGAAGACGGGACUGAGGGUGUUGGUUGCGGAUGACAACGCCACUAACCUUGAAGUCCUGACUCGAAUGUUGCUCCUCGAAAAGGUCCACGAUGUCGAGGUUGUCAUGGACGGCCAGGUCGCGUACGAGAAAGUCAGAGAGGCCAUGGAGCUCGGUAGUCGUUUCGAUAUCAUAUUCAUGGACAUUCAGAUGCCAGAAGUCGACGGGCUCGAGAGCACUCGAUUAAUCCGGAAACUGGGGUACACGGCACCCAUUAUAGCACUGUCUGCCUUUGCGGAAGAAGGAGUUGCCAAGGAGUGCACGGAGGCCGGGGUCGACAAAUUCUUGAGGUAAGGGAGUCCCCUGCCCCGAGUCUUUAUUCGCGAUGAUCAUCCACCUGACAAGAUC